AUGACCGCCCCCGAAGCGCCAUGGCGAGCUGCCUUCAUGUCCCACAUCCAGCAGGCCGGCACCGCGACCUUCACCCUGAGCACGCUCCAUCCGCUCGAAGGCAACCAGUUCGUGCCCCGGGCCAGGACCGUUAUCUUUCGCGGCAUGUGGGCGUCCCUGCCGGAGAACCACAGAAACCCGGCGCCGCUCAACCCGGCCGCCUUCACCAGCGACAUGCCGACCAUCACGACGGAUGUGCGCAUGGAGAAGGUGCCGGAGCUGCUAGCCAGCAGACAGGGGCCGUCUGCAUUGCCCGAGGCACAGUCUGCCGCUGGAGGCCCCGUCGAGGCCGUCUUCUGGAUGGAACAGGCCAAGGUGCAAUGGCGGAUCCGCGGCCGGGCCUACAUCAUCGGGCCGGACAUUGACUCGGAGGCUGCCGCGCCCGUGAGAGCUGCUCUGCAGCCCUGGAUGCGGGUGCUCGACGAGAGGAAGAAGGAUGGCUGGAGUUGGAGCAGAGAACUCACCGCCAGCUUUGGCAACCUGAGUCCCUUGAUGAGAGGUUCCUUUCGAAAUCCGCUGCCCGGCACGCCGCUGACGCAGAAGCCGGAGCCCGGGCAGGGACUGGGUCAGGAAGUGGACGACGUCAAUGACGAGCUGGCGCGGAAGAACUUUCGGGUGCUGGUCAUUAUGCCUGAGGAGAUUGACCAGAUAGACUUGUCGGACCCGAAGAAGGGACGGAGAUGGAACCACAAGGUUGAGGCGUCUGAGUCUGACAUUUCGUGGAAGACGACGGAAGUAUGGCCCUGA